UAUUGAAUUUUGUUUUAUAAUACUGUCAUUUUUUUCACAGAGCAUAACAUACACUUCCAUAGUAGACAUUUCUCUUAGACUGGGAUCUUAUAAGAGCUAACUCAAACCAUGGCAUUUUUAUACUCUAUUCCUCCCCCCCUCCUAGAAUUAUCAUGGAUGUUUUCAUUGUUCUUUGUCCUAAAAGAAAUGUGGGAGAUUGAUCAUUUGCAGUGGCACCCAGAAAACCAAAACAGGAUUAAAAUUUUGGAAAGAUAUCCACAAAGUUAUGCAAAUAAUUUUGACUUAUGCAAAAGCCUUGUUCCUUUAACACAAAAACACAAUAAGUUUGGCUCACGCUGUAAAAGUUUAAAGUCACAGUUAGGUUUUGUUGCUGAGAAUAGAAGAUACACAGGAAAGGACUCUGAUGGGUUCAGUGGGUAUGGGAAAUCAUCUGUCUGCCUCCAGGAUAAUAAAACUCUUAGUGGAAUCAAAUACCAUGGUUGUGUGAAACCCAGUAGCGCUAAACCACCGCUCAGUGGCCGUCAGAAAACUUGCUCAGGAAAGAAGCCAUGUGCAUGCAGUGAAUGUGGGAAAGCGUUCUCCAGGAAGGCCCAGCUCAUUAGACAUCAGAGAACUGAAAGGGGAGAGAAGCCCCACAGAUGCAACACAUGUGGAAAAGCAUUCAUCAAGAUUCAGCUCACUGAACAUCAGAGAACUCAUACGGGAGGGAAGCCCCAUGAACCUGAUGAAUGGGAAAGCCUUUUCCAGAAGGUUGCAGCUCAUGGGCCUCCAGAGAAGUCACACAGGAGAGAAGCCCUACAGGAUGUGGUGAGUGUGGAAAAGCCGUCAGCCAGAGGUUACCGGCUCAAGAGACAUCAGCGUGCUCACACCAGAGAGAAACUGUAUGGCUGCGGUAUGUGUGGGAAGGCCUUUUCCCAAAAGGCUUACCUCAUUGCCCAUCAGAGACGCCACACAGGAGAGAAGCCUUAUGAGUGCCACAAAUGCAGAAGAACCUUCUUUUUUAAGUCUGACCUGACCAAGCAUCAGAGAACUCACAGGAAAGAGAAACUGUGUGAAUGCAGUGACUGCAAAAAGGCCUUCUGAAGCAAGGCAAAGCUCAUUCAGCAUCAGUGGACUCACACCAGAGAGACCGUAUGGCUGCAGUGAAUGUGGCGAAGCCUUGGCCGACAUGUUCUCAUCAAACAUAAGAAGACUCACUGGGGAGAGAAAGCUGUAGAAUCCCCAGAGCUGGAGAUACCCUCCUCCGGGCAUCAUAGCUCUUUAUGCCUGAGUGAACUCAUACAAGAGCAAAGCCCUGUUAACACAGUGCCCAGAGAGAUGGUGUCUUUGGGAACCCAGUCCUUAUCAAGCAGCGAGCUGCUAAUGGGCAGAAACAGAGUGAUUGUGGCCCAGUCUUUUCUAAGAAGUCAGGCCUCAGUAGAUAAUCGGGGGUUUACUCAGGGAAUAAGCCUCAGAAAUGCAGUGAAUGUGAUCACCCCUUCAGUAAUAAAUUAUGUCUUGUAUGUUACAGAUACUGCAUAGAAAGAAAAAUCCAUGGGGGAUUUUUCCUCCAGAGAUGGGGGAGCCUUGAGCCAGAAUCUUCCCCACAUUCAUUAUGUGUCAAUGCUCACUUAGGGCAGAAAUGCUGGAUUUCCCUGGAGGUCCAAUGGUUAAGACUCUAAGCUUCCAAUGCAAGGGGCACAGGUUAAAUCCCUGGUUGAGGAACUAAAAUUUCACAGGCUGUUGUGGGGUGCGGCCAAAAAUAUAUAUAUAAAGAGUUGAUUUCAGGACAGAAAUGCCGUGGAUGCAGUGAUUGUGUAGAACACUUCCAUGAGAAGUUAGACUUAGUAAAUAUCAGUGAGAUCAUAUGGAGCAGAAAUGUAGCUCUUGUGGGGAACCUUUUUCCCAGAAGUGAUAUCCUAGUGAGUUUCAGAGAGUUCCCAUGGGACUGAAACCUUAGGAAAGAGUGUGAUGGUCUUCAGUGAUCAAUUAUACCUUCUCACUUGUCAGAGAAGCAUAGAAAGACAACUCUAGAGGCACUGAAAGUGGAAAAAACACAUUUAUAAAGUGGGGAAGAACUCAUAGAAAAGAGAAAUCCCCUGAAAGCCAUAAAAAAAAAAAAAAA